AUGCCAAAAGAGCAGUAUAUGUGCCAGCUGUGCGCGAAUCAUGGAGUUUUCAAUCAGCCGAAGAAGGGGCACAAACAGAAGUGUCCUUAUAAGGAAUGCCCCUGCCCGCUAUGCGCAUUGAAUACAAAACGUCGCGCCUUGGACCAAAUUGAGCGCCAGCUUAAAUCGACGGAUCAACAACCCGUGUCGCCUACAUCCAUAAAAUGCCCUUCUCCCAGCUCAUCCACCCCUGUGGUUACGGUAGAAGCACCACGCGUACCCCAGACCUCCUCGAAAGCCACGAAAAAACCAGCACCCAUCCCGGAACCCGCAUUCCCCACAGCCCUCCGAAUUUCCCCGAGUGCCGUUUGUAUGCGAAAAAGCCCGAUAAUCACUAAAAGUGGCGCCUACAUGGUUGCCCUACCGCCGACCAUUACGAAGAAAGAAAUGCGGCGGAGUCUUCAGUUGAGGGAGCAACAAGCGGCCAAACGAGCCCGUUCGAUCGACGAGGCCAUCGAAAACCUACAUUCCAGACAACAAACAAAAAGCAUUUUCACAUCAGCAGAACUUUUGGCUGGU